AGAACAAUAAAAACAAUGCAAAGCGAAAAUAUAUGUAUAAAAGUUAAUUAGAAAACGUGUGUCAUAAUAAUAAGCAAAAGCAAUACGGUGACAAAGGAAGAUUGAAAUUCCGCGCUAAAAUCUAUAGACUAAAGCAAUAACGUCACUAUUAAGCAAAUGAAAUAAAAAUUUAAAACAAAAAAGUAAAAUAAAAUUAAAAAAAAGAGAAAAUCUUGAAUAAAGUGUAAAGUGAUAUGCAUGAUAACUGAAUUUUUAUUUCAUUUUUACUGCAAUUGAAUAUAUGGCACAAAAAUAUAAAAAGAACCAUACAUAUAUAUAUAUAUAAAGAGACGUGUGUGUAUGCGUAACUUGUGAAACGGCAGCGACAAUUACAUAAAAUAUUGCGUACAUGUGCAAAUAUUUGUUAUGUAUAUGGCCGGCCGAUACGACGUGAAUUGAAAAGUGUACGGAUGGCAACAUAAAACAGCGAGAGAACUUCACGGAUCGCAUUAGAUAUACAAAUAAAUUUACUCCGUUUGGAAUUGUUCCCGAUAUUUCAUAUUUAGAUAACUUUCAUAUUGAUAUUGUUUAAACAGAACUUGAGUGCACGCGUUUUACUCUACUUCGCCUCUCAUACAAAAACAAAACAAAUCAUAGUUUGUCUCUCAUCACUUUUGAAAUAAAACAAAACAGAAAGAAAAGAAAAGAAAAGCGAAAAAAAGAAAUAAUAAUAUAAAAGCAAGGAGCUGAGAAGAAGAAAAAGCAGACAUUGAGACUUACUCACACUCUCACUGUCGUUCUUCUAAACGUUAACACUCUCACUGCUGAAAAUGUUGUAUUCUUGCGAAAAUGCAUCGUUUUCUUAAUAUACAACAAAAUACUAAGUUACGCAACUAUCAUCAGUUAUUGUUAUAUUUUGUUGUUGUUGCUGUUGCUGUUGUUCUUAUUGUUGCUGCUGCUGCUGCUGUUAUUGUUGUUGUUGUUGCUAUUGAACACACUACUACCAUUAAUAAAGAAGGAGUAUUAAAAAAGAACAAACAAACAAUAACACCGGCACGGAACACAAUCGAAACGAAACGACGACGACGACGACAACAACACCAAGAGCGUUUAAAUUUGAAAUUUGUCGUUCGCUUAUUAUACUUUUAUGAGAGUUUUUUUCAUCAAUAUCGACAGCAGCAUUAUUAUCGUCACUGUCUUACUACUCUACUAUUGUCAUCAUCAUCAUCAUCAUUAUCAUUAUCAUCGUCGUUAUCCACCACCAUUGGCAAGAUCAGCAACAAAAUCAACAACAACAAUAAUUAAAGAGCGUUUCUUAUAUUAAUGAUAAAAAUAAAAACCGGCAAAAAUUAA